AUGGAUUUGACACACCUUUGUUUUGCUGAUGAUUUAUUUGUUUUUACUAAGGGUGAUGUUCAAUCGGUGGAGAUUCUUAAAAAGGCCCUGUUUCUCUUUCAACAACAUUCGGGUUUAGAGCCAAGCCUUGAGAAGUGUGAGGUUUACUUUGGGAAUGUGUCUCCUAACAUUAAGGAGGCCAUUCUUGAGUGCCUUCCUUUCAUACUUGGUUUGUUUCCUAUAUGUUAUUUGGGUGUUCCUUUGUCUCACGCUCGUUUGAAGAUUAGUGACUAUGGGCCGUUGAUUGCAAACGUUAAGAGUCGUAUCCUUAAUUGGAAAUCUAAAUUUCUUUCUUUCGGUGGACGAAGACAGCUUAUUAUCUCGGUUCUUCAAUUUAUUCAACUACAUUGGAUGUCUGUGUUUUUAUUUCCAUCUGGGAUAACCCAUGAUCUUGAAUCUAUCUUCAGGAAAUUCCUUUGGGCUCCAAGGGAAGAUCCUAGAGGUAGGUGUCGGUUAUCUUGGGAUAUGGUUUGUAGACCUCUUGAAUCUGGGGGCCUUGGGAUUAGGCGUGUGGCAACUUGGAAUAGGGCUCUUCUUGCUAAAUAUAUUUGGGAUAUUGUUCGACAUCGUGGUUCAUUGUGGGUUUGUUGGAUUUAUUGUCAAAAUCUUCGCUCUUCUCAUUUCUGGACGGUUAGGAAGAACUCUACUUGGUCGUGGGUUUUUCGAAACUUGUUGGAUUUACGUGUUCAAUUGCGAAGGUUUCUUUUUUCCCAAAUUGGUGAUGGUAGGAAUACUAAUGCGUGGGAGGAUAAUUGGUUAAACUGUGGUCAUCUUUCAGCAUUUAUCUCUUACCGGUUUAUCCAUUCUUGUGUGUUCUCUACUACCACAACGGUUCAUGAGCUUCUCAUGAGUUUGAAUGGUGUCUGGCCGAAUGAUUGGUGUAACAGGUUUGCUGAGCUUGGUUCGUCUCCUUUACCUUUGUUGAACAUUUCUGUUCAUGAUAAAGUUCUUUGGUGGGAAAAUUGUUUAUCUAGUUCAGACUUCUCGGUUAGUACUGCUUGGGCUAUGUUGGAAGGGAAUCAUCCGGUUGUACCUUGGUAUAAAUUGGUGUGGUUCUCUGGCCAUAUUCCUAAGCAUGCUUUCUGUUUAUGGUUGGCUUGUCAGAGGGUCUUCCUACUCAGGAUCGUGUGGGAUAGCAUAUUACAUAUUGUGGGAUUGGUGGAUAUGCCUUCUUUAUGGGAUCAAAUUGUGGAUAUUUUUUCUGACUCUAAUCGUCGGUCGAAACUUUUAAACCGGAAACUUGCAGUGGCAGCUUCUGUUUUUAUUAUAUUCGGCAGGAGAUUUGGUAAUGCGUGGCCGCAUGAAUGGAUACAAUGGUUUCCCCAGUUGCAGCAUAUUGUGAUCCCAUCCCCUAGUCCUCUAGAGGAUACGGUUAGGUGGCUUGAGCCUAAUCAGAAUCGGCAGCCUUUUGAG